UAGUUAUUUUAGAUUUGCUUUGUGAGUUAUAAAGAAGCAAGUGACUUCUGCAGGAACAGAACAUUCGGGAGGAUACAUGCUCUAGCAGAAACGCACGGCCUGCUCUGUGCCAUUCACAUUUCUUCUGUGUGUAUUGUUUUUAUCUAUAACAUGUCGCUUGCAAACAGAGUUGCGGAGUAUAUGUUAUCAGAUGCACUGCUACCAGAUAAUCCUCCAAAAAAGAGAGGCCUUCGCCUGGAAUUACCUCUUGACCGAAUCAUCACUCUGGUUUCAGUUGGCCUGCCUCUAUUGCUUAUAUCCUUAGCAUUUGCAAAAGAAAUUUCUACAGGACCACAGGUCAUCUGUUUUCCUCCAAGUAAUUUUACAGAAAAACAGACUGAGUAUGUUGACAAGCACUGCUGGCAUUCCCUGACGCAUCAUGAUUUUAAUUUUGAUGGAAGUAUUUCUGUACAUUCUUUAUGGAUCCAUAAGGUUUUUCCAUACACUUUAAUGAUAGUUGCUGUUGCUAUGUAUAUUCCUGUAGUACUGUGGAAAUAUGUUUCCAAGUCAUUGCUCAACUCAGACCUUCUUUUUAUUGUGGAUGAACUGGACAAAUCCUAUAAUCGAUCAAUCAAGCUUGUUCAGCACUUACUAAAGGCCCACAGAACAUGUUCUGAUCCAAAUUUGUUUUGGGAGGAGCUAAAAAGUGCUCGUCAUGUGAGAUACUUUGAAUUUCCUCUGCUGGAGAGAUACCUGACUUGCAAACAGCACUCGCAUUGCCUUGUACUAACGUACCUCCUGAGAAAUGCGCUGCUGCUCCUCUUCAUUGCACUUACCUGCAUCUAUCUGGGCAUCUUUCACCUCACUGUUUUCUAUCAAGAGGAAUUCACCUGCCUGGUAAAAACCAGGUUCCUAAGGACUGAUAUACCCAAACCAGAAUUUGUCAACUGCAAAUUUGUUUCCCUCGCCAUAUUUCAAAUCAUAAGUGUCGCUAAUGCAGUGAUAUACAUUCUUUUGGUUCCCAUGAUCAUUUAUAAUUUAAGCAAAUUAUGCUAUUGGGACAAGCAAUUCUUAAACGUGUAUGAAAUGCUUCCUGCAUUUGACCUCCUUAGCAAGAAAAUGCUUGGGUGCCCUAUUAACGAUUUAAACGUCAUCAUUCUUUUCCUGCGGGCUAAUAUUUCAGAACUAAAAUCAUACAGUCGCCUAAGUGUUUUGUGUACGCUCAAGGACACCGCAAAUAAAAAGCAAAACAUCGACACAGUUGUGGAUUUCAUGACUCUUCUUGUGGGAAUGGAUAUGGAAAACACGGGACAGGACAGUCCAACAUCUGAGGAUGGGGACCAACCUCCAUCCGGAAAGGAAUGUUACGAAUUGGGAAAAAUUGAAGAAACACCAUAGAAUGUAAAAGAACAAAUCCAGGCAAAUGGAAUAACAACAAUUAGCCGAGAAGGGAAAAGCAGUUGCCACAGUAGUUGCUGUAUCGUACCAGUUUCAAAACUUUAAGUAUUGUGCCCAUGUAUUUUGAGAUGCCAACAUAUAUCCCUGGCCAGACCAGAUACAACUGACCUAGCCAGCCUGCUGAAAUAUAUUGCAAUUUGAACAAACAUUUUAGAAGCCUUUUGCACAAAAUAUCAGCGAGUGGUGAAAGUAUUUUGUUCCAUUUAAUUAUACGGAUCGGCUCUCAGUGAUUACCUUCUUAAGUUAGAAAUGCUUGUGGUGGUGAGCACAGCUUUGCCCUUAAUUGAACCAGAGCAGCCGGAUUUUGUUAAGGGGGAAAUUCACCUUAGUUAACUUUUAGUAUGUUAAAGAAUGUCCAGUCAUUUUUCAACUAGUAAUUUUCGUGUUUUAUAAUUAUAUGCUGACUUUCAGACAGGGGUUAGUGAACUAUUGCUCUGUGAUACAAUUUUAAUGUUAUUACUUAUGUUUCCAUUCAGACCCUCUCAUAUUCAUCAUCCUGUUUCUCAUUCAAACCCCUAUUCCAUUUUGAUUUUUGUCAGUUUUCUGGUUGCUAGAGUCUGAUUAUCCCAGCAACAAGAUAACUGCUGAAAAUCAAAACCAGAAUCCAAAAAAUAAUUGACUAUCAUGCCUAUUUAAUUAGAACAGUUUAAAGGUGAACUACCUUAUAAAGUUUAACUGGCCAGAGACCAACAUGUCUAGAACAUUACUAGUUACAUACGGUUGAAGACCAGAGUCCAUCAAACCUAUACUAACAGACUGACUGGUUGCCAAGGUAAACUAGACCUUAGCAAACAGAUUGCUGCUGUAAUUCCAAAAUGGGGAGCUGCUGGACAACAAGUUAAUAACAUAAAAACCAUAAGAAAUAGGAAAUGAAAACUAAUUGCAAAUUGUCUCAAAAAAUCUAUGUCUAUGUCAUAAUAAUAUAAAAAGGUGAAAAACCCCUUUAAUAACCUCAGAAUACUUAACCAAUAGAUAAGUUAUAUCAUGCGACCUAUAAAAGAUACCAUCUUUGUAAAUAGUGCCCUUUUACAUCUUUUCCCUUGAGCCACCAUUUUGUGAUAGGCUCCCUUAGAGAUCACCUGACAGGAAAUAAUACAGUUGUAACGGUAACAGGAAGAAGUGUAAGAGUAAAAGAUUUAAUCUAGCAUAUUUGUGUGUGAGCACAGUAAAUGACAUAUAGAGGGGGGCAAAAGUACUUAAAAUGGCAGUUUUUCUAUUCACCCAAUUCCACAUACUUCUAGAAAAGUAGGUUGUUAUAAAAAUUGCUUAUUUAAAGGA